GCUUAAUUCAUACUCUUACUAAUUACAUUUCUUUGUUGACAUUUGUCUUUUAAUAUGAAUAACAUAAUUUAAUUUUAAAACUUUCUAAUGUUGUAAUCUAGGUAUUAUAGUUCAACGUGGCUUGAUGAAAAUCCCAAUCGUGUCCCUCCUCAUAGGGAUGAAGAAAUUUCAAGUAUGAGAAACAAGUGCUUCAAGAAAUACUUUCCAAAUUUAGAGGAGAGACGGGUUGUAAAUGUGGAAUAUGCCAAGUUUUCAGGAGGUUUGGAUAUGUUUGGAGAUUUUGACUCAAAGAUUGAUAGAGGAGUAUUGGAUCCACUUAUUUGGUGGUUUACACAUGGGUCUCCUGCUCCUAUGCUUCAAUCUUUAGCAUUAAAAUUGGUUGGCCAGCCAUGUUCCUCAUCAUGCUGUGAAAGGAAUUGGAGCACCUACUCCUUUAUUCACUCCAUGAAAAGAAAAAAAAUGACACCACAACGUGCUGAAGAUUUGGUUUUUGUGCACAACAAUCUUCGUCUCCUAUCAAGGAGAAGUCGACAGUACAUUGAAGGAGAAUCCAAGUUAUGGGGUGUUGGUGGAGAUGCUUUUGAUUCAUUGGAGGGUGCAGGCUUACUUGAAAUUGCAAGCCUUUCUCUUGAUGAACCAGAUAUGGAAGCUGUGAUAUUCACUGAUGAAGGGGAUUGGAAGAAUCACAGCAAUAAAAAUGUUAAAAAUCUUGGAAUCAACAUGGCUUUUGUUCGUUAUUAUAGCGUCAAAUGUGGGUCAGCCAAGGUUACUAUGCAGGGUAUAACUGAGACAGGCAAGAUGCGAUGA